GUUCUCCGUAUGACCGUAUCUCUCUUCACACUCUAACGACUUAUAUAUAAAGGGAGGUGGGAGAGAGAGGGUACCUGUAGGGAAAGCAAUUCCCCUAAAACUUAAAAACUUCUCCGAUCUGUACUUACCUUUCCAUCACCAAAUUUCUAGUGGGAUUUUACUGGAUCUGAGGGAUUUGGAGAACUUUGUCUAUAAAAGAUGUCUUCUUUAAGCAGAGAGUUGGCUUUCUUAAUUCUUCAAUUUUUGGACGAAGAGAAAUUCAAAGAAACAGUUCACAAGUUGGAAAAGGAAUCGGGGUUUUUCUUCAACAUGAGGUACUUUGAGGAUGCUGUGACCAAUGGUGAAUGGGACGAUGUGGAAAAGUAUUUAUCGGGGUUUACAAAGGUUGAUGAUAACCGUUACUCCAUGAAAAUUUUCUUCGAGAUCCGAAAACAGAAGUAUCUUGAAGCUCUCGACAAGCGUGAUAAUGCGAAUGCUGUGGAGAUACUUACAAAGGAUUUGAAAGUGUUUUCGGGUUUUAAUGAAGACCUCUUUAAGGAAAUAACUAUGCUCCUAACCUUGCAUAAUUUUAGGGAGAAUGAUCAGCUUUCUAAAUAUGGUGAUACCAAGUCAGCUAGGGGUACAAUGCUUGUUGAGCUAAAAAAGCUGAUAGAGGCAAAUCCGCUCUUUCGUGAUAAACUUCAGUUCCCCAACUUAAAGAACUCAAGACUGCGGACGCUAAUAAACCAAAGUUUGAAUUGGCAGCACCAGCUCUGUAAGAAUCCAAAGCCUAAUCCCGAUAUAAAAACCCUAUUUGUUGACCAUACUUGCGGACAACCGAAUGGUGCCCGAGCACCAUCCCCGGUCACUAAUCCACUGAUGGGUUCCAUGCCUAAAGCUGGGGGAUUCCUACCUAUUGGUGGUCCUGGUCCAUUUCAACACGCCCCAGCCCCUAUGACAGCAUCACUUGGAGGCUGGAUGGCCAAUCCAUCCUCUGUGCCUCACCAAGCUGUUUCUGUUGGGCCUAUGGGCUUAAUUCCUCCCAGUAAUGCUGCAUCUAUGCAAAAGCGUCCUAGGACUCCUCCUACAAAUAAUCCAGCACUGGACUAUCAAAUUGCUGAUUCUGAACACGUGCUGAAGAGAUCAAGACCUUUUGGAGCAUCAGAGGAGGUUAACAAUCUCGCUGUGAACAUAUUCCCUGUCGCAUAUCCUGGACAAAGUCAUUCUCGUUCCACAUAUUCCACGGAGGACUUACCCAAGAUUGUUUUGGCACAUCUGAAUCAGGGUUCUUCUGUGAAGAGCAUGGAUUUCCACCCAGCAUGCCAAACUCUGCUUCUUGUGGGUACCAAUAUUGGCGACGUUGCUAUAUGGGAAGUAGCUAGUAGAGAGAGGCUUGCUUGUAGAAAUUUUAAGGUUCGGGAUCUUGGAGGAUGCACAAUGAUUCUGCAGGCUUCUUUGGCUAAUGAAUAUACUGCAUCAGUUAACCGUGUAACUUGGAGCCCUGAUGGAACCCAUUUUGGUGUGGCAUAUUCGAAGCACAUUGUUCACAUUUAUGCUUAUCAUGGCGGUGAUGAUUUAAGGAAUCACCUUGAGAUUGAUGCCCAUGUUGGUAAUGUCAGUGAUCUUGCUUUCUCUAAUCCUAACAAGCAGUUGUGCAUCAUAACUUGUGGAGAGGAUAAGGCAAUUAAGGUGUGGGAUGCAGCUACUGGUGCUAAACAGUACACUUUUGAGGGUCACGAAGCACCUGUUUAUUCUGUAUGCCCACAUCAUAAGGAAAACAUUCAGUUCAUCUUUUCAACUGCUAUUGAUGGGAAGAUUAAGGCAUGGUUAUAUGAUAAUAUGGGGUCAAGGGUUGAUUACGAUGCUCCAGGUCACUCUUGUACUACCAUGGCCUACAGUGCUGAUGGGACUAGGCUAUUUUCUUGUGGUACUAGUAAAGAUGGCGAAUCACACAUUGUGGAGUGGAAUGAGAGUGAAGGGGCAGUCAAGCGGACAUACCUUGGUCUUGGGAAACGUUCUGUAGGAGUGGUUCAGUUCGAUACAACAAAGAAUCGGUUCUUGGUUGCUGGUGAUGAUUUUGUAAUAAAAUAUUGGGAUAUGGACAAUGAAAACCUCUUGACCGUUACUGAUGCUGAGGGUGGUUUACCGGCUUCGCCUUGCAUUAGGUUUAAUAGGGAAGGGUUGCUAUUGGCUGUAUCAACUAGUGACAAUGGUGUUAAAAUAAUUGCAAAUGCUGAAGGUGUUCAGCUGAUGCGCUCUAUUGAAAAUCGUGCAUCUGGAUCUGUUGCAAAGGAGCCUAUGAUCAAUGCAUUUGGUGCUUCUAGUUCAGCUGCUGGGACAAGCAGAGAUAUGAUUGCUAUGAAUGGUGAUAGAAGUUUACCAGAUGUAAAACCCAGAAUUUCUGAUGAGCUGGAAAAAUCUAGAAUUUGGAAGCUGACUGAAAUUGACGAACCAUCUCAGCUUCGUUCCCUGAGGCUUCCUGAUAGUUUACUGUCAGUGAGGAUUAUGAGGUUGAUUUAUACAAAUUCUGGAGGUGCCAUAUUAGCUUUAGCAUAUAAUGCUGUCCACAAACUCUGGAAAUGGCAAAAGAAUGAGAGAAAUGUUACUGGAAAGGCAACCACUGCUGUGUCCCCUCAACUAUGGCAACCAUCUAGUGGAAUAUUAAUGACCAAUGACAUAUCUGAGACGAACCUUGAGGAAGCUGUUCCAUGCUUUGCACUCUCAAAGAAUGACUCUUACGUUAUGUCAGCAUCAGGAGGAAAAAUUUCCCUAUUUAAUAUGAUGACAUUCAAGACAAUGACAACAUUUAUGCCCCCUCCACCGGCGGCGACAUUUCUUGCCUUCCAUCCUCAGGACAAUAAUGUCAUUGCUAUUGGCAUGGAAGAUUCUUCCAUACAAAUUUACAAUGUCCGCGUUGAUGAGGUAAAAAUCAAACUCAAAGGUCACCAGAAGAGAGUAACUGGCCUUGCAUUUUCCAAUGUUUUAAAUGUUCUCGUGUCAUCUGGAGCUGAUGCUCAGCUAUGUCUUUGGAGCGUAGAUGGAUGGGAAAUGAAGGCGAGUAAGUUCUUGCAGAUUCCUUCCAGUUGUGCACCAAAUCCUCUUGCACAGACACGGGUUCAGUUUCAUCAGGACCAGGCUCACGUGUUGGUUGUUCAUGAAACACAACUAGCCAUCUACGAGGCUUCGAAACUCGACUGUGUCAAACAGUGGGUUCCUCAAGAAUCAAGCUCUGCAAUUACGGAUGCUACAUUUUCAUGUGACAGCCAAUCAGUUUAUGCAAGCUUCGAAAAUGGGAGCAUUUGCGUCCUCACUGCUACAGGACUGAAACUAAGGUGUCGCAUUAAUCCUGCUGCCUAUUUGCCUUCUAAUCCGAGCUCAAGGGCAUAUCCACUUGUCAUCGCGACUCAUCCAUCCGAAUCUAAUCAAAUUGCAUUAGGACUCAAUGAUGGUGGGGUGCACAUGUUGGAGCCCCUGGAACUGGAAGGAAAAUGGGGUACUGUCCCUCCGCAAGAAAAUGGUCUUGUGGGUCUUAGCAUCAGCCCCGUUGCAGCUUCUGCCGAUCAAUCUUCGAGAUAGUACAUUCUAGCUCCCUUAGUUUUUCUGAGCUGUAAUCUUUAGGUGGCUUAGCGUAUGAGAUACACAUCUUUGAAUGGGGCUAGUCGAGGCGAUACGCCAAUUUCCAGUUGGGAAGAAAGACUGGGGAAACUCCGUUUUUGCCAUGCGAGAAAAUGGUCAAUAUGUUGAUAGACAUAGGAGGAAGGAGAAUAGGUUUAGUCCAUUAGUUAAGGCAUAAAAUAACGGAUCUCUUCAAGAUUGCUCGUAUUUUUCAAUACAUUUUAAAGAUACUUUGUGCGGAGGAAAUCACGUUCUCGACUUUGAGAUGAAAUGCUAUCAGGGAAGGAUCGCCUUCGGAAUUGACCAAAAUUUGGAGCAAAAAAUUCUAUGCAGUUGGAACAGGUCUACGUGUUUUGCUUGUAUAUGUUCGAUGGUUACGUUCUCCUUGCAACUUCGCCAUUGCUAUUCAAUGAACUUGUUCUAUGAUUUUAUGAUUGAAGUUUGUUAGAGCAUUUCCAACUGACACUUUAUUUAAGAACAUUUUAUGCAUGAUAGAGAGUAUCUUUAAAUUUCGAGAGUCAAAUUUUUUA